GCUCGCGGAUGCGAUCUCUCUCUUCUUAAAACGAACGAAGGGAGCUAUAAAGACAGGCGCAGCAGCCUUGUGUGCUCUCUUAUCGCCUUCGGAAUCAGCCGUGAGAAGAAGGGAGAAAACGGUCCCGCAUUCUGCGAAGAUGGCAGAUGUUGCCAAGGACUUAGCUGCUGGUACGGUUGGAGGUGCAGCACAACUGAUUGUUGGGCACCCCUUUGAUACAAUUAAGGUCAAGCUUCAAAGCCAGCCUGCGCCACUGCCUGGGCAGCCUCCCAAGUAUUCUGGUGCAAUGGAUGCAGUUAAGCAGACCAUCUCUGCAGAAGGCCCAAGAGGCUUAUAUAAGGGAAUGGGAGCUCCACUUGCAACUGUCGCAGCCUUCAAUGCUCUUCUAUUUACUGUCAGGGGCCAAAUGGAAGCAUUACUGAGGUCAGAACCUGGCACUGUCUUGACAGUGAACCAGCAGGUUAUAUGUGGUGCUGGUGCUGGUGUUGCAGUUUCUUUCCUAGCCUGUCCAACAGAGUUGAUCAAAUGCAGGCUGCAAGCUCAGAGUGCCUUAGCAAGCUCAACCACCUCUUCAGGUGCAGUAAAAUAUGGAGGACCCAUGGACGUGGCAAAGCAUGUUAUGAGAGAAGCUGGCCUUAGAGGCUUAUUCAAAGGCCUUGUCCCGACACUUUCACGAGAAGUACCUGGAAAUGCUGCAAUGUUUGGUGUCUAUGAAGCUCUUAAGCAAAAAUUUGCUGGGGGUCCUGAUACUUCAGGUCUCGGUAGGGGCCAUUUGAUUGUCGCCGGAGGGCUGGCUGGAGCAGCAUUCUGGGCAUCGGUCUAUCCAACAGAUGUUGUAAAAAGUGUCAUUCAAGUUGAUGAUUAUAGGAACCCAAAGUACUCCAGUUCCAUUGAUGCCUUCAGAAAAAUACUAGCUUCAGAGGGUGUCAAGGGCCUAUAUAGAGGCUUUGGACCAGCCAUGGCUCGUAGUGUUCCUGCCAAUGCAGCAUGUUUCUUAGCAUAUGAGAUCACCAGAUCUAGCCUUGGGUGAAUUGUUGCUUUCCUUUGUGUUCUUGGGGCAACUUUCUUUCUUCUUUUCGGGCUAGGUAACUCUGCUGCAAUGUACCAGUCCAUUUCUAGUGUCAUUCAAGAAAUCCUUAUUUGACUGUCUGAAGCAUCAGUUUACUGUUGACAUGUUUGCUUCUGAUCAUUUCUUGUACUUAAUACUGGAAGCAAAUUGAAAUUCUUUUCCUCAAACAUUUGGUUCCUGCAA